AAAUCGACUUCGCAAGUGAACGGUUCGAAGGUGAAUUUUUUCAAGGCGAUAUUUUCACACAAAGGAAUAUUCAGCGUUCUUCAACACCCUAAUGAUAUAAAGUUCCAUACUUAAAAUGGACCCAUUUACUCAGAAAUUAUUGGCAAGGACUCAGGCAAGGAAAAACCAGCUUGUCAAAAAGCGUGAAGAACUUGAAGCAUGCAGAGCUAAGAGAAAUUCGCCCAUUCAUGAUAGAACUCGGCGUCCCUUGUCAGAAGACAACACUGACAGCUGCUCGGCUGAGGUGGAUACUGAUGACAUCAAAAGACGCAGAAUUGGCAGUGAGGACAGUGGCAAAAGUGCUAUUUUGCAAAAUUCCAAGGACAUUGAUGUUAAUAGCCCAUCAGUUCAGGCAAGAAAAGAAAGGCUGAUGAAGAUGCAACUGAAAGAUCAAGAAAAUGGUGCAACGCCAAAGAAACAUUGGAAAGCUGUAACCCAAGGAACUGGAGUGAACAAUUGCAAUGUCAGCAGCCCUAGUGUAGCAUCACGAUCUGCAGCAUUCCAAGCCAAUGCUGCAAAGGAUCAACAGAAGGAGAAUAUAAAGGACAAGAAAUAUCUUGAGCCUCAGGCAUCACAUACCCCUAGUAAACUGGCUGAGACACGGAGUGUGUUUGAGAAUGGUGUGUCAACAAAAAGCAGAGUGAAUAUUGAAAAAGAGAAAUUUAUACCUCCCCCUAAGCCCCCAAGAGUGGCAGUCACUGAGGACAUUUCUGAUGAAAGUUCUGAAGAACAGUUGCAAGUAGCUAAGAGAAAAGCUCCAUCUCCACCAAAGAAUACUAAAGGAAAUAAAGGCAGAGAUCAAAAUAGCAACUCUGUGAUCAAACGGAAAGCUCCAGAACCUCCUACAACUUGUCAGGAUCAAAGCCAGAUUAGGAAUGACACUAAGAGUGAUAUGGCAAAAAUCAGCAAAGGUGCAGAUGAAAAAAAAAAGGGUGCCAAAACAAGUCAAAGACGUUCAUCCACUGAUGAGGAAGGCAAUGGAAACUUUCCCCCUGUUCCAGUCAAACGGGAAAGGAAAGGAAGUGUUGAUGAUUUAAAUGGUGUCAACAAAGCUGAUGGUGAUCUACCUAUGCCAAAACCACGAAAAAAAGUGAUUAACUUGAAUGAAGCAGGCAAUGAAGCACAGGAAAGAUGUGCUGACAAUAAGAAAGUGAAAGAAAAUAGAAGGGAAGAAACUUCAGAUGACAAAGUGACUAUUGUCGCCACUCCAGUUGGCAGUGAUGAGAGAGUGAAGCUGAAUCAUGGAAAGCAACUGACAGAAGAACAACCACAUGUCAUCCAGGCCUGUGUGGUUGAAGAGAAAAGCCCAAAAGUUGUUGUUGCAAACAGGGAAAUCACUGGAAGCAUUGUUACUGUCAAAGCAGUUUCCUGUGAUCACUCAGAAGAAAAAAGGAUUGAGAACAAAAGGGAAAAAACCAGAGUCAAUGCAGUGAAAGAAUCCAAAACAGAGAAACCUCCAAGUGCUGCCAAAGUAGCUGACCAGGAUUCCAAACAGGCAGUAACACCUGUUGUGUGGGAGAAACAGGCCCAAGGCUCUUCAAAGAAGCCAAGAAAAUCUACUAAAAAAGAGGAGUUUGCAUUUAAAGUUCCUAGAAGACCUACCAAAGAGUCCCACUUUGAUCCAAAUGAAACUAUCAACCUUAACGAUGUAAACAUUCAUGAAAUGACAUUCACCUUUGACUUUGGUCAGUUCGAUGAACUUGAGAAAGAGAGGGAGGGCAUUUUUCAAAUGAGCUAUGAAGAGAAGUGUAAACAGCUUGAGAAAGAACAGAAGAGAGAAGAGAGGAAGAGGAAAGAAACUGCUUCAACAUCUUCCAUGGAGUCUGAUAGAGAGGAAAGAGGCACCUACCAAUCUGGAUACAACAGCCAGACUAGUGAACAAUAUGCUACCAAGACAGUACACAAGCCUAAAGAGCCAGUACCACAGAGACCAAAGAGAAUACAAGAUGAGAUUAAAGUCCUCCUUGAGGAGGCAGCAUACCAACAGAACAUUGUCCUUCAGGCAAGUCAAGCUCUGAAUUUGUGUGUUGCCAAUGACAUCACCUUUAAAGGUUCCCGGGAAGAAAUUGAAGCAGAAAAAGUUUUAUUACUAGCAACUGAGCACAGAACAGCAUGUCUAGAUGAGGUCAACAAAUUGAAAACUGGUGGUGCUGAAGGUGCGCAGGAAUUUAAAGCAACAAAUGUUGGUUCUGAGAUGCCAGCAUGUACAGCAACCUUAUCCCUGUCAGAUAUCAAAAUUACUCUUCAUCAAGAAUUUAUGGACAUGCUGAGAGUGGGCAUCAGAAAUGAUCUUGGUGUGUUUUACUUUGUCUGCAUCGUCCAACAUGGGCCACAUGAGUUUUACUGUUCUAGAGUUUUAUCAACAAAUGAUGUCACUGAAGGAAACUUUCUGAUGUUCCCUGACAAGUUUACUUGGAAGGACCUUAAACCAGAUUUUACUAUAGCUGUGAAGCUUUUCUGCAUGAAUGUGAAAAAGACACUAAUGCCUGCACCUGUAUCCACUCCUACCAAACACAAGAUCUUCCAGUCACCUAAAGUGGUGAAAGGGAAGCUUGCUGGUCGACGUGCAUCUGACACUGCUUCACCAGCGACUCAAGUUUCAGCGUCACCACAAACAGUGUUCAGAACUAGUAGCUUUGUGCCUGUUGGAGUGACACAUGUCAACCUGCCAAUCAUCAAAUCAAAACGGUUUUCCCUUGAUAAGGUGCCUGACACUUGUCCUUUGACAAACUUCUUGGAAAUGAAAGUUGACUGCUCUCCUCAAUUCAGCAGCAGUGUCAAUGGAUUUCUGACCAUCUUAGAGGACAUUGGGGGCUAUGGGGCCUGGCAGAGAAGAUGGUGUGUGCUACAAGGAGCUGUGAUGUCCUAUUGGAGAUAUCCAGGAGAUGAGGAAACCAAGUCCCCAAUGGGCUGCAUCAAUUUGGCAGAUUGUAUCAGUGAAGAAGUCACAAGAGUGGCGAGAGACCUGUGUGCUCGUCCAAACACCAUGGAACUGAAGCUCAGGAGGUCUUGUGGUACUGAAGUCAAGUACCUGUUGGCUGCUGAUACCAAAAUGGACCGUGCAACAUGGAUUGACAGUCUAAAUGAAGCACUCAGAGAUGGCCGUGCAUGGACAGGAAAGGAUAAGGAAGCCCUGUACCCUGACUUGAGCCACCUACACAAUCAAGAUGUUUAUAUGUGUUCAAAGGCUACUGUCUGAGCAUUUUGGCUUUGGAUAUAUCAAAUGUGCUUCUAUUGACUUUGCAAUGCCUGUAGCACCUUUGACAUAAAAUGAACAAGUUUAUUAUAAUUGUAAGUUUCUACAUGUGAAUUGUAGAGCUUGAUCAACUAUCAAUUCAAAUGAGUAGUUGAUGCUUGAAUGCAAUUGUCUUUUUGUAGACAUUACAUUAAAUAACUGGAAGAUUUAAGCCAAAUUCUGAAUUUUAGAAAUAACUGUCACUUAAUAUAACUUUAUUUUAACAGAUGAUAUGUCAUGUCUUUUUGCACACCAGAGCUGUUGUAAAACACAAGUCAGAUUUCCAGUCUAGAGGAGGUUUCAGUCUUGUCAUAGCAAUUGCAUCACAAUGCUGUAUUCCUAAAAAACAAGAAGGGAAAUGUAAAGCUCAUGAUGGUCCUUAUAUGAUGGCAUUAUUUACCUCUCCCCUUAGUUUGGAUAGUAAAUGAAAGAUCUUAACUUUGUCUCCUUUGCAACCAUUCUUUGAGCCAGGCACUGCAUGGCAUUCCAAAGAACAGUUGCAAAGGAGACUGGAUUAUACCUUGGAUAUUCAGGGAUGUUUUGAGAUCAAUGUAUUUGAUUUCUGGAAAUUAGUAAGCGAUGACUCUUUCCAUCAACUUCCCUAUUACUGCGGUACAACUUUUGUUAGGCAAAACAGUGAAUCAAUAUUUUCAGUCAAUGGGCUAUAAAUUGUCUACAAUGAAAUUGAGAAUUAAUAGAUGAGAGGGACAGUUUUGAGCUGGAUUUACUACUUGCUGAAUGAUCAUAUUUUAACGUCAAUAAUUAAGAAGAGGUGGAAUAUAAUUAAUAUAGUACACUUGCAAAUUUUAAUUAACGUUUUUGUA